ACAACUGAGAGGGAGGGGGGAGAGGGGCUUUUUUUUUCUUUUUUGUUUUUCCUGGUUGGAUUAUUUGAGUUCAGAAGACCCACCCUAAGUUUGGGCCACACCUUCUGGUGGCACCCCACAUAAAAGGACAUGGAAGAAGGAAGAUUUUGCUUUUUGCCUGCUCACCCUCACCCUCACUGACCAGUGUCUCUCUCCUGUUCCAGAGAUAUUAGAACCUACUUCUUCAGGAUCCCAAAGGACCUCUCUGGAACCUCCCUUGGACUCUAGCACCAAAUUGAGACAGCUGACUUUAGUCGUGUGGACAACACCUGGAUCCUCGGCCUUUCCACCAGGAGAAAGCCUUGUAGAGCGCCUCGGACCACAGCUCCUCAAGAGCCAAGAAAUGCCCAAGGAGCAGCAAGAAGUGGUUGUACUGGGGGGACCCCACAUCUCAACCUCCGCAACAACCACCACAAUCAACAUGCCUGCUGAGAUCUCCACACCUGACCAUGUGGUCUGGUCCCUGUUCAGUACACUCUUCAUGAACUUCUGCUGCCUGGGCUUUAUAGCGUACGCCUACUCUGUGAAGUCUAGGGACAGGAAGAUGGUGGGUGAUGCGACUGGGGCCCAGACCUACGCCUCCACUGCCAGGUGCCUAAACAUCAGCUCCCUGGUUCUCAGUGUCCUCACAGUCAUUGUCUUCAUCGUUGUUUAUGCCACUUGGAAAUAACCAUCUUGCAGCAUCUCACAGUAGAUGACAGAUUCUGGCGCCUUCCAGGCUGCCUAUGUGUUCCGCUGCCCCAAACCCUCCCCUAGUCUUAGACCUGACCAUUCACCCCAUACAUAUGCAAAUGUUACACUUGCAUAUUUGUCCAUAGUGGAUUCAAUAAAGUGCAUAUGCUGCUGUGA